UUGAUGAUGAGAAUCAAAACGUUAUUGUUCAAGAAGUUAUUUGCCCGAAAGGCGUUGAAGAAAAUUGUUUUAAAAUUGAGGAUGUCCGACUUAAAGGAUGGAACGGCCACGAAUGAAUAUGAGAGGUUAUUAGUGGUGGAUAAAGUGGAAGAUGUUGUGCUUACUAUUGCCAAACUAAUCCCAAAACCAGGAGAAAAGUUCUCGGCAAAAAAUUCGGCUGGUUGGCCUGUUAUGAAAAGGAGAUUAAUUCUCGCUUAUGCAAAGGCAAUUGCUGGUCAAUUACUGGCAACUGGUUGCCUUGAAGCAAGUAAAGAAACACCUCGAAUAUUAAUGUUGGGAUUGGGUGGCGGCACUGUUCCCAACUUUUUUGACGAAAUUGAAGGAAAUCGUGAAUUCAUCUCUCUAGAUUUGGAGCCAGCAACGGAGUAUAUUGCACGAAAAUGGUUCAAUUUAAAAAAUACACCAAAUCAAAAAGUAAUAAUUCAAGAUGCAAUUGAAUAUAUAAACAAUUGGAAAAUUGAAGGAACUCUUUUAAUUAACACUUUUGUAUUGGAUACAGAAGAAAAUAGAGAAAUUGUAGCAGAAGAAAGACAAUUUUUACUAGAUUUAUUUCGACACCAUUUUGGUUAUUGUUAUUAUGCAGAUGCUGGUGAAAACAAAGUACUUGUUUGUAAUUUGGAAAUACUCAAAAAAGGUAAAAUAAUGACGAAUAAAUUAUAUGAAGAAAAACUUUCGAAAUUACCUAAAUGGGUACAUGAUGAGUUAAUGGGGGAUAUACAAAUUGACAUUUUACAUAAAGUUUGGAAAAAGCCAAAUAAAAAUUGA